AUGGGGUCUGUCGAAGAGCAUUCUUUUUCCGGGCCACCGCAAGUUCUUUCGGCUGGUGGGCUACUGUUUGAUUUCGACGGAACUAUCAUAGACAGCACAGAGGCAGUCGUCAAGCAUUGGCACAAGGAGGCCGCAGCGAUGGGGGUCGACCCGGAAGUAAUUCUUGCCACUUCUCACGGACGAAGGAGUAUCGAUACUUUUAUGGAGUUCGAUCCUUCCAAGGCCAACUGGGAGUAUGUCAACAGACAAGAAGGCCUCAUACCAAAGCUGUUCGGCAAAGACGCCGUAGAGAUCCCAGGUGCUCGAAAACUCUUGGACAGUCUCGAGGCAGUCAAUGCGCCCUGGGCUGUUGUAACAUCAGGGACAAGUGCUCUCCUGAAUGGAUGGAUUGAAGUGCUCAAGAUUGCCCACCCACGAUGUCUGGUCGUUGCGGAAGACGUUGAGAACGGUAAACCCGACCCAUCCUGUUAUCUGCUCGGUCGCCAGCGACUGGGACUUCCCGAGAACUCGCCGAUGAUCGUCUUCGAAGACGCUCCAGCGGGUGUCCGUGCAGGUAAGGCCGCGGGAUUCAAGGUCAUCGGUCUGGCUACGACACACAGGAUCUCCCAGUUGCAGGAGGCUGGCGCAGACUGGAUCGUCGAGGACCUGAAGAGUGUGACGUUGAAGGGCCUCGAGCCAGAUGGGAAUGUGCAGAUCGAAAUCACCAAUACAUUGGUCCAAGCUCCAUAA